AUGGCCAUAGAGGCAAAGGAAAUAGUACUCAUCAGCGGCGUCAAUGGUUAUAUCGCAGCACAAGUAGCCAAAGCAUUUCUCGAUGCAAGGUUCAAAGUCCGUGGAACAACCAGAAAGACGGCAAACACGAAAUCCUUGACAGAGGGUGCCCUGAAAGCCGCAUUCGAGGCAGGUGAUUUCGAGGUCGUCGAAGUUCCGGAUAUCACCCUUCCAGGUGCUUUCGACGAGGCUGUGAGAGGUGUCAGUGCUAUCCUGCAUACGGCAGCCCCAGUAUCGCUUAAUUUUACGGACCCGGAACCGGUCCUGCAUGCUGCUAUCCAAGGAACUUCAUCGAUCCUGGACUCGGCUCUCAAGGCAGGUCCGCAAUUGAAAUCUUUGGUGUUUAUGAGCUCAAUUGCAGCUUUGAUGGGUGCCCAGCAGCAACCACAUACUUUCACCGAGGAAGACUGGAACAACUAUUCUGAAGGAGAAGUUGCGAGAUCGGGAAAGGCGGCGGGCAGUAUCCAUAUCUACUUUGCGAGUAAGACUGCGGCUGAACGCACGCUCUGGGAUUUCCAGAAGAAGCAUUCACCAUCUUUUGCCGUGACGUCCAUCAAUCCAGUGCUCGUGACCGGACCACCCCUCGUGCCCUUCAAGGACGCAAACAGCAUAAACGAGACCGUGCGAAACGUAUGGGAAGUGUUUGCAGGGCUGGACGUCGCCCCGCCGUUUAAUGCGCCCGGAACCUACGUCGACGUUCGAGAUGUUGCCCGCCUGUUCGUCUGGUCCGUCCAACAUCCCGAAAAGGCAGAUGGAGAGCGUUAUAUCGCAUAUGGUGGCCCAGGAGGAAUACAUCAGAUAUCCCAAAUUCUGCGAGAGCAUUACCCUGAACGUCGUGAUAUCAUCAAGGAGAUUCCCGCUCCUGAAUCGGGUGGAACCAGUAUUGAUGCAUCCAAGGCUGUCAAAGCCACGGGACAGGAAUUCAUCAAGUUUGAGAAGAGUGUGUUGGACGCGGCCAAAGCCUUUGAGAUCUAUUUAUAG